UGACCCCACCCCCACCCUUCUGUCCCAGCUCAGCUCCAUCACUCAGUUUGUUCAAACCUGCCAAAAUGGUAGCUGCGGCGCCUGAAGAGUUCCUGAUGCUGCCAUUGUCCGACAGUGGUGGGGGGGUAUCAAAGCCACAGGUGGUUCCUCUGGAGGAAGGACACGGAGCACUGCUGCUGAAGUGUGGAGCUGCUUUUGGUGUCACGUUGAUCUGUGUAGCAGUACUGAGGAAGUGGAUCGCAGGUGGAGUUUGUCGAUGCUCAGUUCGUCUGGACGGGAAAACAGUUGUGAUCACAGGUGCCAACACAGGCAUUGGUAAAGAGACGAGCAGGGAGAUGGCCCGCAGAGGAGCCAGGGUAGUAAUGGCCUGCAGAGACCUGACAAGGGCGGAGUCGGCCGCAGAAGAGAUCCGUGAGGCAACAGGAAAUGGAAACGUAGUGAUCCGACACUUGGAUCUGGCCUCGCUUCACUCAGUCAGACAGUUUGCUAAAGACUACGUAGACAGUGAAGACAGACUAGACAUCCUUAUUAACAAUGCAGGUGUCAUGAUGUGUCCGAAAUGGCUGACGGAAGACGGUUUUGAAACUCAGCUAGCUGUCAAUCAUUUGGGUCACUUUUUGCUGACCAACCUGCUUCUUCCAAAACUCAAGAGCUCCGCCCCCAGCCGAGUAGUCAAUGUGUCGUCCAUAGCACACAGAGGGGGUCGUAUUGACUUUGACGACCUUUCUUCAGCACCGUACAGCUCACUGGAGAGCUACCAACAGAGUAAACUGGCCAACGUCCUCUUCUCCAGAGAACUGGCACGAAAACUUAGAGGCACUGGUGUGUCAUCCUUCAGUCUCCAUCCAGGGGUUAUCCGUACAGAGUUGGGUCGUCAUGUUCAGGGCUGGUUUCCCCUGUUGGGGGCGCUGUUGAGUCUUCCCUCUCUGCUGUUAAUGAAGACACCCAUUCAGGGGUGUCAGACCACACUGUACUGUGCCCUGACACCUGGUCUGGACCAGAAGACUGGUUCUUACUUCAGUGACUGUGCAGAGAAAGAAGCAGCACCAGAGGGCCGGGACGAUGCAGUGGCAAAAAGGCUGUGGGACGAGAGCGCACGAUUGGUUGGAUUAAAAGACACCUGCUGAUUUUCUGCAAUUACUGUUUAGACACUGGCGCCCCCAUCAGGUCAAAGGGAAGAAAGCCUUUGUUUAUUUGUGUCUUUUGUAUGACUAUGGAAGGAAGGAAAGUGAACUACAGCACACCACCGUCCAAAGCCAUAAUUCACAAAAUAAAAUCAUUCAGAUUUUAAGACAUUUUUGGUGUUUAAAAUUGUGUUUUGAAAAAAACCAACAACAACAAAUUUUAAUAGUAAGACUUGAGGACGUUGUGAGACAAACCCUUAUAUUCUUCUCUAUAGACAUUGAUGUGGGAGAGGAGAUAGAGGU